GAGGUUCGAUUGACCGAGCCUGGCGGGACCGGGGAGCCCUGGCGGCUGUUAACGCGCGCUUUGGGAAGAGGAAGGUUGAGCCGGCGGGAGCGCUUGGGUCCGACUUCAUCUCUGCCGCUCUUUCCAACCCCGCCUGGGAUUCCGCUCUCAAGCCCGGGUCUGCUUCUUGUCCCGCCUGGACCCCUGCCCUGCCUCCCUCUGUCCGGGCCUGCCAUCCGCACUCCAGGCUGGGAAAUCCCCCUUCUCCGGACUCGGGCGCCUCGCCCUCCCCGGGCCUCGGAUUUUCACUCCAGCAUCUCUCUUCUGGCCUGUGAUUACCUUCCCCCUCAGCUACCUCCCCCCCUCCCCCCCUCCGCACCACCCCUCACCGGUCCACCUGGGACCUUUAUCCCGACUCCACUCUUCCGGUCCUGCACUCCACCUGUCUCCUGCCUCAUCCCAGACCUCUACUCUUCUCUCCCUGGACAUUUCCUCUUUGGCCCGAUCUCCUGCCUCGGCUGACUGGCUACCGACACUCUUACAGUUUGGGCCCAAACCCUAGCCCCUGCCUGGGAUCCCUCCAUCCGUGCUCCCUCUUUAAUUAGCCCAUCCUCUUAGUAAUACAGCAGCCCGCUCUUUACCAGGCCCUGGUUCUGCAUUCUUAGCUGCUCGGCGCCUUUGACCUUUGGCUGAUGGGUACUUGACGUCUUAUGCUCCUGGGCCCAGGAUGAGGAGAAGCUUAGCUCCCAGCCAGCUGGCCAAGAGAAAACCAGAAGGCAGAGCCUUUGAUGAUGAAGACUGGCAGCCUGGGGCAGUGACUCCUAAGAAACGGAAAUCCAGCAGUGAGACACAGAGCCAGGAAAGUUUCCUGUCUCCUUUUCGGAAAGCUUUGACUCAACUAACGAAUCGGCCACCCUGUCUGGACAGUAGUCAACAUGAAGCGUUUAUUCGAAGCAUUUUGUCAAAGCCUUUCAAAAUCCCCAUUCCGAACUAUCAAGGUCCUCUGGGCUCUCGAGCAUUGGGCCUCAAAAGGGCUGGGGUCCGCCGGGCCCUCCAUGACCCCCUGGAUGAAGGUGCCUUGGUUCUGUACGAGCCUCCUCCACUGAGCGCCCAUGACCAGCUGAAGCUUGACAAGGAAAAACUCCCUGUCCAUGUGGUUGUUGAUCCUAUUCUCAGUAAGGUCUUGCGGCCUCAUCAGAGAGAGGGAGUGAAGUUCCUGUGGGAGUGUGUCACCAGUCGGCGCAUCCCUGGCAGCCAUGGCUGCAUCAUGGCUGACGAGAUGGGCCUGGGCAAGACACUGCAGUGCAUCACGUUGAUGUGGACGCUUUUGCGCCAGAGUCCAGAGUGCAAGCCAGAAAUUGACAAGGCAGUGGUGGUGUCGCCCUCCAGCCUAGUGAAGAACUGGUACAAUGAAGUUGGGAAAUGGCUUGGAGGGAGGAUCCAACCUCUGGCCAUCGACGGAGGCUCUAAGGAUGAGAUAGACCAAAAGCUGGAAGGAUUCAUGAACCAGCGUGGAGCCAGAGUGCCUUCUCCCAUCCUCAUCAUUUCCUAUGAGACAUUCCGCCUUCACGUUGGAGUCCUCCAGAAAGGGAGUGUUGGACUGGUCAUAUGUGACGAGGGACACAGGCUCAAGAACUCUGAGAAUCAGACUUACCAGGCCCUGGACAGCUUGAACACCAGCCGGCGGGUGCUCAUCUCCGGGACCCCCAUCCAGAAUGAUCUCCUUGAGUAUUUCAGCUUGGUACAUUUUGUUAAUUCAGGCAUCCUGGGAACUGCCCACGAGUUCAAGAAGCAUUUUGAGUUGCCAAUUUUGAAGGGUCGAGAUGCAGCUGCUAGUGAGGCAGACAGGCACCUAGGAGAGGAACGACUUCGGGAGCUCACCAGCAUUGUGAAUAGGUGCCUGAUACGGAGGACAUCUGAUAUCCUUUCUAAAUAUUUGCCUGUGAAGAUUGAGCAGGUGGUUUGUUGUAGGCUGACACCUCUUCAGAAUGAGUUAUACAAGAAGUUUCUGAGACAGGCCAAGCCAGCAGAAGAGUUGCGAGAGGGCAAAAUGAGUGUGUCUUCCCUUUCUUCCAUCACCUCACUGAAGAAGCUAUGUAAUCAUCCAGCUCUGAUCUAUGAUAAGUGUGUGGAAGAGGAAGAUGGCUUUGAAGGUGCCUUGGACAUAUUCCCCCCUGGUUAUAGCUCCAAGGCUCUAGAGCCCCAGCUGUCAGGUAAGAUGCUGGUCCUUGAUUACAUUCUGGCGGUGACCCGAAGCCGUGGCAAUGACAAAGUAGUGCUGGUGUCCAAUUAUACACAGACAUUGGACCUCUUUGAGAAGCUCUGCCGGGCCCGAAGGUACUUGUAUGUCCGCUUGGAUGGCACAAUGUCCAUUAAGAAGCGAGCCAAGGUUGUGGAGCGCUUCAACAAUCCGUUGAGCCCUGACUUUGUCUUCAUGCUGAGCAGCAAAGCUGGGGGCUGUGGCCUCAAUCUCAUUGGGGCUAACCGACUGGUCAUGUUUGACCCUGACUGGAACCCGGCCAAUGAUGAACAAGCCAUGGCCCGGGUCUGGCGUGACGGUCAAAAGAAGACCUGCUAUAUCUAUCGCCUGCUGUCUGCGGGAACCAUUGAGGAGAAGAUCUUUCAGCGUCAGAGCCACAAGAAGGCACUGAGCAGCUGUGUGGUGGAUGAGGAGCAGGAUGUGGAGCGCCACUUCUCUCUGGGCGAGUUGAAGGAGCUGUUUACCCUGGAUGAGGCUAGCCUCAGUGACACACAUGACAGGUUACGCUGCCGCCGUUGUGUCAACAGCCACCAGGUCAGGCCACCCCCUGAUGGUUCUGACUGCACAUCAGACCUGGCUCAGUGGAACCACAGCACUGAUAAGCGGGGGCUCAAGGAUGAGGUACUCCAAGCUGCUUGGGAUGCUGCCUCCACUGCCAUCACCUUCGUCUUCCACCAGCGUUCCCAUGAGGAGCAGCGGGGCCUCUGCUAAUAACCAGCUGGUCUGGGUGUAGCUCUUAGAGAAGACAGGGAAAAGGGGCUCCCUGCCCCAUAGGGCCCUGCUGAAUUUUGUUCUCUGGGAGAAAAACCAUCAAGAGGGCUGCAUGAUGUUUGCCCAAAAUUUAUUUUAUAAGAAAAACUUUUUUGGUUAAAAAAAAGAAAGGAAUAAAGGUAUGAAAGGGA